AUGAAGUCGUAUAUGCAGUGGGCAGUGGCCCUCGCUGCCGCGCUGCCGCUCUGCGCGGCCCAGACAUACACCAGCUGCAACCCGUUGAACGAAACCUGCCCUGCCGAUAAGGGUCUGAACCAGUGGUCCUUCGAAUCCAACUUCACCACUGGCGCAUCGUCCUUCGAUGGGUGGAACUUUACCGACGGCAAAGUGAACAGCACCUCUCUGGGCGCCAAGUUCGAGAUCAAGGCGGAAGGCGAUGCGCCCACGAUCGAAAGUGACUUCUACAUCUUCUUCGGCUAUGUCGAGGUCAAGUUCCGGGCUGCCAACGGCACGGGCAUUAUCAGCACGAGUGUGAUGGAGUCCGACUGCCUGGACGAGAUCGACUGGGAGCAAGUCAGCACCUGGGAUAACGAGGUCCAGACCGAUUACUUCGGCAAGGGCAACACCACCGCGGGCGGUCGCUCCGCCACCUUGAACGUCACCGACUCCGAGGAAGAGUUCCACACCUACGCGGUCGACUGGACCACCGAGAAGAUCGAGUGGAUCCUGGACGGAGUUGUCCAGAAGACGGUCACCUACGAGGAAGCCGUCGAUGGCACGAACUUCCCCCAGACGCCCAUGAACAUCCGCAUCGGUAUCUGGGCCGGUGGUGACCCGGACAACUCGAUCGGAACCAUCGAAUGGGCCGGUGGCGAGACAGACUACAGCGAAGGGCCGUUCAUCAUGUACCUGGAGUCGGUCAAGAUCAUCAACUACAACCCGGCCGAGAGCUAUACCUACACCGACAAGACGGGCGACUACACCAGUAUCAAGGCGGCCAACACCACCUCGUCUAACUCGACCACCACCUCGUCCAAGUCCACCAACUCGUCCUCCAGCUCCAACUCCUCCAGCUCCUCCUCCGGCUCGUCCGCCAGCUCCUCCAGCGGAUUGUCCAGCAGCGCAGCGACCGGUCUCUCUGCCUCCUUCGGGUCCCUGGUCGCGAUUGUCGGGGCUGGGCUCCUGACCGGGCUCCUUCAGCUCUAGAGGCCUCGCUUACACCUUCUGACUGUGCUGUGCUGUACCCCUACCCUCCCUGCUGUAAUGCAUCUGCAACUUGCAGCUCGCAAC